UAUUCUUGCAAUGUUCUAAUGAAACGUGCCUAGAACAUGAAUAUAGAAUAUUUGGAGAAGAUGGUAACCAUGUUCUGGGUAAGUUCUGUUUGACAUUAAGGGAAUGGUCUCUUGGAAACAUCACUGGAACAUUCCUAUGAAAACGUUUGGUAACGACCUAAUGACACUCUUAAGGGAAUGUUCUCUAAAGUUGUGGGAAAGUUUGUUUGCCUGAUGUGAGACACUUCUCACUCUCUGCACUGCAGGAACUUCAGUAUCUUCUCUUAUUAUCAUUCCAACUGGAAACCUGUGAAAACGAUUGAUUCAAUUGAAAAAUCUAGCAUGCCCAACUGAAAUAUAUAGAUGCAUCUCUAGGUGCUGUAACCCUGGUUUCAUUUUCUUUCUAUUUCAGCCACAAAGCCUUGGUCAACAAAUGCACUGAUUGUGCAACAUUCAAACUAUUAUUUGGGGGAUUACCAUUAGUAUUUCUACUAUGCUCUAUCAUAUCACACACCAACCACUUCAAGAAAGGAACCUUUUGGAAUCAAUCCUUGGGCAAACUUGGACUGGGGAAGCCAACAGGUAAAAAUGGGGUUGUCUGGAGAGGUUGAUGCAUUCAAAUCAAACUCAGACACACUGUACACACACACACACACACACACACAGACAUGCACUCAGAGACACACUUCUGGGAAGUGGCCUCAGAAGAACACACUAGCUAGUGACAGUCGACUGACAGUAGCUGUUCAGAAGUGGAUGGUGUGUGAAGGCAGCCAGAUCUCCCCAGUCUAGAUCUCUCUGCACUACCAUGAUCAACAUGUACCAGACCAGCCUGCCUCCACCACCGAUCCCCCCACGGCUAGACUCUGUCAAGUCAGCACCAGGACCGGGCCACAACAAACCUCUCCUCGGUUUCCUCAUUGGUAUGAUAGUGCUCCAAAUGCUGCUGCUACUGGGGGGAUUCACCUACCUGUACCACAAGGAAAACGAGUAUGAGGAGGACUUUGAACACAAGUACCUGGAUGACAUGAUCGUCCUGAGGAGACUUGGGGAGUGUGAGAAAGACAGCCAAUCAGUGCUGGACUGUAAGGAGCUUGUGGAGAAAUACAAAAACAUCAUGGCAAAGGUCUCACAAGUGGAAGGAAAAGCUGCCAAACUCACUGGGAGUGUGCCCUCGUAUGGAGCCAUGGCACGCGUGAUAGUCAAGCAACCUGUGGCUGACAGACCUCCUACAUCAAAGUAUCUGGAGUGGAACAUAGGCCACUCAGUGCUGAGGAACGUCCAGUACUUCAAGUCCAGCUGGCUGAAGGUUCUGCAGCCUGGAGACUACAUAAUUUACUCCCAGGUGGCCUUCUCCAAAUGGCACCCCAAAACCCUUUUGGCCAGCCGCGUGAAACUGAGGAAGGGGGAGGCUGGACAGGAGAAGGACCUCAUGACAUCCUACUGCAGCCUGGGGGACCAGAAUCAUACAGACCUGUGUACGGCCUUCCAGGGAGGAGUGUUCAGUCUGGAACCUAAAGACCAGCUCUCUGUGUGGGUGACGGACCCCACCCUGGUCAACUAUGAGGAGGGGACUACCACCUUUGGAUUAUAUAAACUGUAGGCUAGACAUCACCUACAGUAUGGAGAGGAUGGACUGAGUUACUUUGGAUUAUGACUAUUGGAGUGAUGGGUGGAAUCAAGGCCAUGCAUGCUGUUGGAUUUGGGACAGGACUGAUAACAGAUCUGCUAAAUGGAUCUACACAUGGACUAGACCAAUUUGAACAUGUGGAUCUUUUUAAAAAGCCCAAGGUGAAACUAAUCCCUGGAACUGUAAUUUAUUGCUGUUGAUUGGAUACCCUACUAUCCCUGCCCCCACAAUGUUAGAUAUUAAUAUUCAUUUCUAGGAAUAUGGCAAUGACUGUGUAUUUAUUUUGA